AUAUUUAGGCAAUUCACAAGCUUUGUUGUAUGUCUUAUGUCAUAUUUAAUAUUCUUAAAAAAUACGACACUUGUGAGCACCCUUAACUGUUGUAUGUCAUAUUUUGUCAUAUUUCUACACUUAAUCAGCUGAUAGUGAAAAAUUAAGAAGACAGAAAUGCCACAAGAAAGUCAGAAAAAUAAAAUUAUAGCUUCUUUAUGUGAAAAUCAUGCAUUGGCUCUAUUAGGAGUUGAAUCAAGUGACGAAGAAGACGAAGCUAUUGAAAGUUUUUUGAUCAGCAUGAGCUGUUUGCUGAACAACAGAAGAAGCGUUCAUUUCGGCUUACCAAAAUGUUCCAGUUGGCAGCGAAAUGUGCUAAGGAAUCUUGACGAAAGCAGAUUCAAUCAGAUGCUUCGUGUUCGCCCGGAGGAAUGCGAACGUAUCUUAGAAUUAAUUAAAAAUGACGCUGUUUUUAAGACAAGUUCAAGUGCUUCACAACUUCCAAUCGAACUGCAACUCAAAAUAGUGCUGUAUCGGUUGGGAUCUUCCGGCGAUGGACAAUCUGUUCGCAAAGUGGCUUCCUUAUUUGGUGUGGGUGAUGGAGGCACUAUUAAAAAUGUAACGCAACGAAUUUUUAAAGCCAUACUGCGAUUAAAAAAUGAGUUUUUAUACUGGCCCAAUGAAAGAGAAAGACUGGAAAUUGUGUCCGCAACUGGGAAAGAAAUGCCAGGGUGUGUGGGUUACAUCGAUGGUUCCGAAAUAAAAUUAGCUGAAGCACCAGUUAUGCAGCAUGAAAUUUACUAUUCGCGCAAACGUCAAUAUUCUGUAAAACUACAAGCGAUUUGUGACUAUAAAUUGCGCAUAAGACAGGUGACGAUUGGUUUCCCAGGCAGUGUACAUGACGCGAAAAUAUUUUCAAAUUGUUCACUAGCAAAGCAUCCGGAACGAUUCUUGUCGACAUCACAGUGGGUCGCGGGAGAUAGUGCCUAUCCACUGAAACCAUAUUUAAUAACGCCCUUCCGACAAAACAGUGUUGAACAUAGAAAAGAAGAAAGGGAUUUAUUCAACGCGUAUUUUUCCAAAUACCGUGUACGAAUUGAGAAUUGUUUUGGUCUUUUGAAAGAGAAAUUCGGUAGUUUAAAGGAGCUUAAAUUUAGAAUGCUUUCAACGUCAAAUAAGAAGGAAUGCAAUGACUGGAUUAUGGUGUGUUGUAUUCUUCACAACAUGUUAAUCAGUUUCGAUAUAGAUAAUGAAAACAGCAAUGAAGUUUUGAUGCCUCAAUUCCCUUUAUCAUCAGAAAAUAAUAUGAGGAAUUGUUUGCUUCGUUAUAUACAAAAUCAAAAUAUUUAAUACUUAUACACAUAUGUAUAUGCAUUUGUUCUUUAAUCAUACAAGUUAAUAAAAAUGCAUGAUUAAUUUUGCUUAAUUAUAAUCCAACUAUAUUUUUCAUUUUGGUUCUUUUAUUUUGGGUUAGGUACAUUUACAUCGUAGUCUUCAAAAGGCACUAACUGUUAAUAUCACAAAAAAACUUAUAACAUAAAAACUUCAUUUAAAACAUAAAAAAACACAUAAUAAUAAAAAUAAAUUCAUAUCAAAAGUGAACUAAAAAUGUAGUACAUUGUAAAAUUAUUUAUAUUUGAGCCUAAGCUCUUCCAUUGCCAACCUCUCCUGCAUUUGUAAUUUCAUUUUUUCAAUUUCUAGUUUGUCAUUAAUUUCUCUUUUUUUUAAUUCUAUUUCUUUUUCUUUUAUUUCUAAUUCUUUUUCUUUGAUUAACAUUUCCCUUUCCCUUGCUGCAACAUCCAUCUUAAGCUUUUGCUUUCUUAUUUCUGCGAUCUCGCCAUGAACCUGCAAAAUAUCUGACAAGGCAGUUUUGGAAUAUAUUCCUUUCUGCCUUCGAGUGCAUACAUUGUCGUUCAACGCAGGACUUUGUAUUUCUUCAGCUUCAACUGAACUGCCCGCUUCAACCACACAUUCUGCUCCCGAUGGACUUGUAGAAUCGCUUUCUAACACCAAACUGUCUUCCACUACUGCAGAACAAUUUAAUCUGCUGCCGAAAAUAUCAUCCAGCUGUUCAUAGAAAAAACACAUUUUUCUUAAAGUAUCUAUAGAAAAAAAUAAUGGUCACAAUUAAAAAAAAGAGAUUUCCUUAAAAGAAUUUACUUUUUAUGGUGUCGCCUUCCAUACUUCCUGCGCCUGUCGACCCUUCCCACUCCUUUGCUUUAUUAUAAUUAGUGCGCAUAUUGCGUACUUUUGCGCGCACUGCUUUCCACUCUACCGUCAGCUGCGUGUCUUGGAUGAAACGA